AAGUACCAUCUGGUGCGCAAUGCCUUCUACCUACCCCAGCUUCCGACACAGUGUGCCAUGGCUAAUCCUUUUGCUGGAAGCUGUCUUCAUUGUCCUCUCUUACUUUCUUGACUCAAUUGUGGAUGCACACUUUCCCUACCCAGAUUUGCAGGAUGUCAGCCACAUGCUCAUUUUUGGAUUUGGCUUUUUCCUGACGUUUUUGAAACGAUACAGUUUUAGCAGCACCGGAUUCAGCCUCCUGAUAGUCAUACUUGGUGUCCAGUGCUCCAUUCUGAUGGAACAUGUGUCAGUUCUCCUGACAGAAAUAUCACUUUCAGGCAUACCGGGAGCUGCUAUGAGCACGGUUGCUGUGGUCAUCUCCAUUGGAGCUGUUCUUGGGAAGAUGAAUCCCAUGCAAUCAAUUGUGAUGGUAGUUGUAGAGAUAGUAGUUUUCUAUGUGAGCAGAUGGAUCAACAUCUAUUUACUGCAGGCUUCGUCCCACGUGAGCAUGAUGCACGUUCACCUGUUUGGGGCAUACUUUGGUCUGGCCGUCUCCUCACGCUUCUCUGAGCCAUCGCCGAGGUCUGAGAAGAAUGCGAGUACUCCGAGAUCGGACUUAUUGUCAAUGUUGGGCACUCUCUUUCUUUGGGUGUUCUGGCCAAGCUUCAAUUCUGUACUGGCUGUGGAAAAGGAUAGAGCAAUCUUCAACACCUGCUUAGCACUUGCAGUGAGUGCUGUAGCUGCCUUCGCAUUUUCUGGUCUGAUCACAAAGGAUGGAAAAUUCAGAAUGACUCAUAUCCGCCGUGCAGCAUUAGCUGGUGGGGUUACUAUUGGUUUUGCAGCAGACAGCAUCAAGCAUCCCUGGAUUGCAAUGAUUUUGGGUCUGCUUGCUAGUGCGAUAAGCGUAUUAGGAUCCUUCUGUUUACAGAGUUGCUUGCCUACUCUCAGAACUCACGAUGCAUCUGGAGUUCAUUUCACAUUUGGUUUGCCUGCUGUGUUUGGAGCUCUUGCCGAGGUUGUUUUCUUUGUAAUGGACAUCCAGACCAAAUUACCAAGCAUUGGCAACGAGGUCUUAUUGAGCAUCGGUGCCCUCUGUUUCACCAUCAGUGUUGCCUUGAUAACAGGUCUUAUUACAGGUUUAAUCCUAAACUUCAAACUGUGGAAGCCCAUCCCCGUCUCCAAGUAUUUUGAAGACCAGAUGUACUGGGAGUUUCCUCAUUUGGCUGUUGGAUUUUGAAUGGAUGAACCCAAAUGGAAGACUUCACCAAGAUUUGUAUUUGUCACCAGAGAAAAUGAGUAACGAUGAUGAAACAGCACUUAAUUAUCAAAUAGCACACUUAAAAAAGCCUUCCCAGUGGACACAUGAAAAAUUUGCAACAAGAUGUUUGUUAUUCCUGAACAAUCAGCACAUAUUAUACAUUCUCCAUCUGUAAAUAUCUGAUUUCUUUUUUGUUUUGAUGAUUUUACCUUAAAUAUUUUUGUAGUAUGUGUACAGAAAGUUGUUUUUGUUGCUGUCGUGGCUUAUCAAUUAAAAUGCUUGGAAGCUUUUAAA